UAUUUGUUCGAGAGUCCGUCUCAAACCGGUCUUUACUUAAUUGUAUCAAACAAUUUUUUAUUUUCAAAGAUAAUGGAAGCAUUUGUUGAGUUAUUGGACGAGGAAGAAUGGCUAACUGGAGAAACUAAAGCCUAUGCAAAACAAAAGAUAAAAACAAUGCAUCAAAAAAUAGGCUACCCUGACUAUUUGGAGAACAACACGGCGGUUAAUAAGGAAUAUGAACGUUAUAUCGUAUAUGAAUCGGAUUAUUACAAAACAAAAUUCCAAUUUUACGAAAUGUAUCAAAAAGAUAUUUUGGAAAAAAUUAGAAUGCCUGUCGACAGAAAUAGAUGGGUAGCAGGUGCAGCUUUAGUUAAUGCUUUCUAUUCACCAAAUACAAACGAAAUCAUAUUCCCAGCGGGCAUUUUACAGCCAGUCUUUUACAGUAAACAUUUCCCCCGUUCAAUGAAUUUUGGGGGAAUUGGUGUAGUUAUUGGGCAUGAAAUAACACACGGAUUUGAUGAUAGAGGAAGGCUUUAUGAUCAAUUUGGUAAUAUAAGGCAGUGGUGGUCAUAUUCAAAUUAUGUUCUCGAUCAAAUCUCAAUGAAAAUAAAUGGGCGCAGUACAAAAGGAGAGAAUAUAGCAGACAAUGGGGGGCUUAAACAAGCAUAUCGUGCUUAUAAAAAAUAUGAACGAUACCGAUCUCUUCCCCAACAAUUGCCUGGAGUUAAUUUAACACAUGACCAAUUAUUCUUUCUUAAUUAUGCCCAAAUUUGGUGUGGUAUAAUGAAUGAUAAGGAGGCGGUUAGAAAAUUGAGGACUUCUGAACAUUCUCCUGGUCCGAUAAGAGUAAAAGGUCCUCUUUCAAAUUCUGUUGAUUUUGCUGCUGCUUAUAACUGCCCUGAAGGAAGUCCAAUGAAUCCAAUUCAGAAAUGUAAAGUUUGGUAA